GGCCCCUGCCCAGAGCCCCGCCUGCCCCGGGUCCUGCAGAGCCGACGUCCGCCAUGGACAUUGCUAUCCAGCACCCCUGGUUCAAACGCGCGCUGGGCCCCUUCUACCCCAGCCGGCUGUUCGACCAGUUCUUCGGCGAGGGCCUCUUCGAGUACGACCUGCUGCCCUUCCUGUCGUCCACCAUUAGCCCCUACUACCGCCAGUCCCUCUUCCGCACCGUGCUGGACUCCGGCGUCUCCGAGGUCCGAUCCGACCGGGACAAGUUUGUCAUCUUCCUGGACGUGAAGCACUUCUCCCCCGAGGACCUGACGGUGAAGGUGCAGGAGGACUUUGUGGAGAUCCACGGCAAGCACAACGAGCGGCAGGACGACCACGGCUACAUCUCCCGUGAGUUCCACCGCCGCUACCGCCUGCCUUCCAACGUGGACCAGUCUGCGCUCUCCUGCUCCCUGUCCGCCGACGGCAUGCUGACCUUCUCCGGCCCCAAGGUCCCGUCCGGCGUGGACUCCGGCCACAGCGAGCGGGCCAUCCCCGUGUCGCGGGAGGAGAAGCCCAGCUCCGCGCCCACGUCCUAAGCUCGGCCUUGGCCUCGACUGCCACCCGCUGUGGCCCCCGCGGCCCACCGUCUGGGGACCCUAGAAAGUGGGGCGUCUGCCCCCUCCGCUUUCCUCCUUUCCAUUUCCUUCUCUUCCCGGAGAGCCCGAGGGUUUGAGAGAGCAGCCUGGAGAGCUUGAGGCCUCAGCCAGAGGUGCUGAGACCUCAGAGUGACCCGCGUCCCCCCCGGCCAGCUGGUGGAGGUGGCCGCCACCCCAGCUCCUUAGGCAACACCACGCCUCCCGGGGACGCAGGCUGUCUAGGCUGGCCGGGCAGUCAGAGGGCGCCCUCGCUGCCCUGUCUCUGGGUGACCCUGGUUCAGGGCAGCCAAGUGCAUCUCAGCCCUUGAUGGCCAGCGCCCAUGCCGAGCCCGGGGCCGCCGGAUGCGUCUAGCGGGGGCUCCCGUGCGCCGGGGCUCUCGGCAGCCCGUGCCUCUCAAACCACCUUCCCUCCAACCUCCCUCUACGUAGUUCCGCUCUCGGGGCAUCUGGUCACCCUUGGGGACGCAGCCCGUGGCAGUCAAUAAAGAGCAGGUGACACAAGCAA